UCUUUUUUCUUUUUUCCUCUGCUUCUUGGAGCUCCCUCUUACACUUCUUUACGCAGCAACAUCCGUUAUUCCCAUGAUUGGUUCUAGCAGUAAAUCAGCAGCGGCAGCAGCUAUGCGUGCCACCAGUGCAGCAGCGACUGCCUGUCGAAACACCUUUACCGUCAACGCCGGAUACGAGUCAACCAUCCAAAACCUGAAGCUCACUGCAAACACGCGUGUGAUGUGUCAAGGAACGGGCAAACAGGGAACCGCACAAAUGCUCGAAGCUAUCAAGUUUGGCACGAAUUUUGUCGGCAGUGUCUCUGCGCGCAAGGCUGGAACAGCACAUUUAGAGAGACCUGUAGUCGGCAGCGUGCGAGAGGCAGCUGAGGUGUUGCGACCGGAUGCCACGGUUGUCUACGUCCCCCUUGCUGGUGCCGCUGACGCAUUCAUGGAAGCCAUUGAGGCCGAGAUCCCAUUGAUCGUAUCGGUGACCGAAGGCAUUCCAUUCAUGGAUAUGGCACGCGUCAAAGCAGCAUUGCUGAGCCAGAACAAGUCGCGUUUGGUAGGCCCCAACUCGCCCGGCAUUGUGUCUCCUCUAGCUGGCUGCAAGAUCGGCAUCAUGCCCAACCGUAUCUAUAGCCCCGGCAACAUUGGCGUCGUUUCACGUUCCGGUACCUUGUCGUAUGAGGCAGUGCAGCAGCUUACGCAGCUAGGCAUGGGCCAAACCUUGUGUGUGGGCGUGGGCGGUGAUCCUAUCAACGGCACCAACUUUAUCGAUGCGCUGAAAAUCUUUUUGGAUGAUGACAAAACCGAAGGCAUCGUGAUGAUUGGCGAGAUCGGUGGCAGUGCUGAAGAAGAGGCUGCAGAAUUCUUGAAGCAAUACAACUUUUCAAGAGAGAAGCCGAAGCCUGUGGUGUCCUUUAUUGCUGGCUUGACCGCUCCUCCUGAUCGUCGUAUGGGACACGCUGGUGCUAUUGUGUCGCACACGGGCAAGGGAAAUGCGCCGGAUAAAAUAAACGCAUUGCGAAAUGCAGGUGUUGUGAUGGCACGGGCUUUACCUUUUGUCGGUGUUACCCUGCAGCAGGAAAUGAUCAAGGCCGGAUUAAUGGAGAAGCAGUGAUCGCUGUCUUUCAACCCUUACACCUGUUGCUUACCCACCCUCCGCUUGCCUUGUGUCAGUACAGUUCUAGUAGAGUACAUGCUUGCCUUUUUCCCUUACAGACGCCCUAGAUAGUAAUAUGUAUAUGUACAGUUUGAAAUAACAAUUUAAAAACAAUUCGGGUUCCUCGUGAUUAUCCGUUCUC